GACUGCAAGAAGAACAAGGGCAGUAUCUUGAAAAACUCGGUGGAGUAUAUCUGCGCUCUGCGUGCGGAAAACUCCUGCUUUGGCGAUCUUCGCAGAGAGGCCAGCUUGGCGACUGGAGUGAUUACAAAGCUGGUGAAACGUAUCCAGGAUCUAGAGUCUUUCCUGGCUCCCGAGUACCUCGCCAAGGUCUCCUCCACUGACUACCAGACGCAGUUGCAAGAGUGGGCAUCCACACACGAAGCCAACCAACAGCGCAUCAACACUGCGCUUUCUUCACCGGUGCCUCGACCGGCGCCCGUGUCGCUAGACACCAGCGAGUCCUCCCCCGGCAUGUCCUCAAUUGGAAAUGAGGAUCUGGGCUAUCCCGACGCCAAAGGUGUUACCUCGGGUGAGUCGGAUACCCACACUGUCGGAGGCCUGGGGAGGUAG